AUGGGCAGUGUCUCUGUCCCUUUGGGAGCCUCUCAGGAACCCUCAGCCAGUCCCGAGUUGGCAGACACCGGGGGGAACCCCGACACGGCCGACAGCGGGGAGACACUCUCCCAAGCCCUGAGGCGCUACCGGCUGGGCUCGCUGCUGGGACGCGGCAGCUUCGGCAGCGUCUUCGCGGCCACGCGGCUCUCGGACGGCGCCCCGGUGAGUGCCAUCAAACGCGUGCCGAGGGAUCGCAUCCGGCACUGGGGCGAGCUGCCCGACGGCACCAGCGCACCCCUGGAGAUCGUGCUGCUGGCCAAGGUGUCCUGUGGCUGUGGCGGUGUCAUUCAGCGCCUGGAGUGGCUUGAGCUCCCCGACAGCUUCCUGCUGGUGCUGGAGCGUCCGGAGCGGUGCCAGGAGCUCUCGGGUUUCCUGGCGGAGCGGGGGUUCCUGCCGGAGGAGGAGGCGCGGGGGCUGUUCCGCCAGGUGCUGGAGGCCGUGCGGCACUGCACCAGCUGCGGGGUCCUGCACCGGGACAUCAAGCCCGAGAAUGUCCUGCUCGACCUGGCCAGCGGGCAGCUGAAACUGAUUGACUUUGGCUGUGGCACCUUCCUCCAAGACACAGCCUACACCCAGUUUGCAGGAACCCUGUCCUACAGCACACCAGAGUGGAUCCAGCACCAACGCUACCACGGCGAGGCAGCCACGAUCUGGUCCCUGGGCCUCCUGCUGUGCCACCUGGUCAUGGGGAAGCACCCGUUCAGGAGGGGCCAGGAGAUCAUCCGGGGGCGGAUCUUGUUCCCACGACGGCUCUCUCGAGAGUGCCAAGAUGUUAUUAAGAGGUGUUUGUCCAUGCAACCCUCGGACAGGCCAUCCUUAGAAGAUCUUUUCUGUCAUCCUUGGGUGAAGGGUGUUUCCCUGCCCUAGAAGACUGAAGAAAUCCACGUGCACAGUUGGAUCCAGGGACCUAGCAGGUACCAGCUCCACACAUCUCUUGGCAAUCAGUGGCAAAGCAAACCAGGCUGGUUUUGUCCUGCCUGUAGCUGUGAGCAGG